AUGACAACUGGGGAGCCGUUGAUUCGUCUAUCCGAAUAUGGGAAGUCGUACACAUGCUUAAACAAUUGUAGAGAUGAAUAUUAUGACCGUUUACAGUUUCGGAUUCAGAAACGUAAUUCAGAAUAUUCGCACCACCCGUUUUUAUGGGAUGACUUGGAAUGUCUCAGCUCUUCAACCUCAAACCUUAGUGUGCAUGAAGACGUCGAAGACAUCAGAAAAGAUGUUUCGAUCAAAACGCUCUCUGUUUCAGAGGACGGCCACCUAGAUAACUCAGCAGAAGUUGAAGGCCCUCAUGAUUUUACACAUGUAAAUGAAAAGAAUAACGCCGUUUCAACUACUGAAAGAACAGAUGUCGGUACUCAAACUCAAAAACCACAUCUAAAGGCUAUAGUACAACCCAAAGCUUUUGUACCUUAUGCUAUCGGGAGUUCUGGUCCCACUUUGGGGGCUAGAAAGACUUUUAACGUCAAGUCAGACCGAGAUGUUUAUCCUUCUGCUAUACGUGCUGAGGCUCGCCGUAAAGAAAGGCUGAUUAAUUUUACGCAUGCGAAUACUGUAAACUCCAAAGUAUCAUCCAAAAUAUAUGGGCCAAAACAGUGUAUUGUAAAAAGUGAGGCAAUUGAACCAAGUAAAACUGAAAAACCCGUUCCUACACUCCACAAAUCAACUAGAGUGAGCAGUAUGCCGCAACCAUCUGGGUUGGGUGCUUCAUAUUCUCGCUCAAAUAACAAUAUUGACUGGAAGCCAAAAUACUCGUGGGUUUCGGAAUAUGUCCAAAAAUAUCCGUCUUAUCCAACGUCAGUAUAUGUUCGCAGCGCAUCUGUUGCUGCUGGUCGUUCUCGUCCACUCUGCUUCUCAUACAGUCGACCAUCAUCCUCCUUUCUGGGGAGUUUAGUCCCAUCUACACCAGUACUGUUGAGCUGUCGUGGAUCGAAUUCUACUCUAAGGAGUCGUAGUGAAACCCACUGUGAUAUUUGUUCUACAUCAAAUCUCAAUCAAAAGUGCGCCCGCCCACUUCUUAGCGCUUACUAA